GCGGGGCAGGGCAGGCCGGGCUGGAGCGGGCGGGGUGCGGGGAGUCCUGCGAGCGGACGCGGCGGCCUGGGCUCUGCCGGUGAGCGGCCUGACGGUCUGUGAGGAGAUCACGGAGUGAGGGGAGCGGCGCAGCGGUGCUCCACGGCCGUCCUCACCGCCCGCAGCUGAUAUCGCGGCCUCGGCGGCCCGGCCCGGCCCGGCGCAGCCAUGUCGGGGCUCCUGGGGAAGCUGUUCGGGACGGGCGCCGGCGGGAAGGGCGCCGGCAAGGGUCCGUCCCCGCAGGAGGCGAUCCAUCGGCUCCGCGACACGGAGGAGAUGCUGAGUAAGAAGCAGGAGUUCCUCGAGAAGAAGAUCGAGCAGGAGCUGGCGGCCGCCCGCAAGCACGGCACUAAGAACAAGCGCGCUGCUCUUCAGGCCCUGAAGCGCAAGAAGAGGUACGAGAAGCAGCUGGCACAGAUAGAUGGCACCUUGUCAACGAUUGAGUUCCAGAGGGAAGCCCUGGAGAAUGCCAACACCAACACUGAAGUGCUCAAGAACAUGGGCUUUGCUGCUAAAGCCAUGAAAGCUGCUCAUGACAACAUGGAUAUUGAUAAAGUAGAUGAAUUAAUGCAGGACAUUGCAGAGCAGCAAGAGCUGGCAGAUGAGAUUUCAACAGCCAUCUCCAAGCCAGUUGGAUUCGGGGAGGAGUUUGAUGAGGAUGAACUCAUGGCAGAACUAGAGGAACUAGAACAAGAAGAGCUAGACAAAAACUUGCUGGAAAUCAGUGGUCCUGAGACAGUACCACUACCAAAUGUGCCCUCAAUAUCAAUACCAUCAAAGCCAGCCAAGAAGAAAGAAGAAGAAGAGGAUGAUGACAUGAAAGAGCUGGAAGCUUGGGCAGGAACUAUGUAACCACAACAAUUACCUGGCUGGAAUAAGAAAAAACCCCAAGAAUAGAAACAAACAACAACAAAAAAAAAGUCACAACAAAACAAAAGACUUUGAUUACCUGUUCUGGGUGCAAAUGUGUUGUGUUGAGGAGAAAAAAAGCAGAAGCAAAAUGUCUUUACCUUUUAAUUUUAACCCAAAGCAGUGGGAACUGCAUUGCUGGGUUCAUGUUUCCUUUCUGUCCUGCAUUAGCAUGGUCUGCCCAAAGGGAAGGCUAAAAAGGGGGGGGUGGGGGGAGCAGGAGGCAUUUGCCUGCAGCUGAUACGGUUCAAUUGGUGUAGAAAAACCAGAACUAAAAGGUGAUUGCUUGAAAAAAUAAACCCCAAAAUCAAACCUUCAGCUUUUUUGGGACUGUGCUGCUGCCACUGCUGGAUCUUCAUCUUCAGAGUCUGGGCUGUGUUGAAGCGAAAUAAGCUGAUUAAACAACCCAGCCCUAGCCCUGCUCUGGUUUUAAGUCAGUUUUAGUGUGUCUAGAAGUCUUGUAAAGCAUUUGAAGUCUUGAGCCACCCAUGGGUGGCUUCUCCUCUUUAGGUGCAAGAAUGCUUUAGGUUUUUAGUCCUUGGCAAGCUCUCUUUGUGUCCCUGGACUGAUGUGUGGCCAACCUCGUGUCUGUCACCGCCACAGCCUUGUCACUGUCCCUGUUUCAAGUUGGUGAUCUUGAUUGGCAGUCUGGGAGGGAAGGGAGGGGGAGGGAAGGAUUCAGUUUCAGUUGUACAUUUGGGUUUUUUUUCUACCUAGCACUACGAUGUUGAUGCUUUUGUUUUGGUUCCUUUUUUUGGUUUGGUUUUCUUUUUGGUGAUAAUUGAUAACCCAUUCAGAUACAUGCACACAGAAACUCCUAUGGAUUGCACUGUAUUAAAUAUCUUGAUUAAUUUUCA